CCAGGAAGUUAUUUUGAGAUCUUUAAAUAAAAAAAGUAAAACCUUGCGCUUUGCCUUUGAAAUAGUCCAGAGGCUAAGCUUAUUUAAUUUAAACGAAUUAGGUAUAUUUCAGGUUUUAUUUCCAAAGUGAUCGUGUAGCAGUAUGGCCUCCAUAUAGCAGUAGCUAAGAUGUUAUGCAAUAAACGUGAGCAGCGGUGUCUGCUGGUUACGCAAAGGGCUAGAUAUGGCCAUUUUAGCUUGUUUUGUCAGUACUGUAUAGCGGUCUCAUACAAAGCGAAAUCGGACUCUUCCCCGCCGUUUAAGCUAGAUUUUGAACGUCAUCUCCAAGCAAUGGCUCUGAUGACAUCGGCAAGAAGACUAUUUCAUGUUUCGUUCCGAGAAAAUUCUCUACGACGAGCUGAAGCACUUAUUUCAGCAACAAACACAACGUCGGGGAACUUAUCAUUGGCCGGUCAGCGAAUGGCCUGUAGUCGUGUAAGGGAUUUUAGCACCAACACACAACCUCUUAGAGCUGACAAUAAGGUGACGGUCCACUUCACCAAUCGAGAUGGAGAGAAGAUCUCUGUCAAAGGCUCUCCUGGAGACUCUCUCCUAGAUGUCAUUAUCGACCAGGACCUCGAUUUUGAUGGGUUCGGCGCAUGUGAGGGGACACUGGCCUGUUCUACCUGUCACCUGAUCUUUGAGGAAGACGUGUAUAAUAAACUGGGCCCCAUUACUGACGAGGAGAUGGAUAUGCUGGACCUGGCCUACGGACUCACAGACACGUCCCGCCUGGGUUGCCAGAUCUGCCUCACCAGGUCCCUGGAAGGGAUGACAGUGAGGGUGCCUGAGAGUGUGGCAGACAUCCGACAGAGUGGAGACGGGUCCUCAUAAUUGCCACCCCAGGCCAGAGUAAUAGAUGUACUGAAAUCUGCCCAAAUCAAUGCUUUAUUUCAACACUAGCAUGACCAAAUAAUGCCCAUUUCUAAGUGGUAUGCUGUUAUAAAUGUCGAAAUUGAAGACACUGUAUUUAUAGAGACUAUGAGAUAUUAACAUUUGAAUGAGUCCCCAUCAUAGUUUUGCAUUCACUUUAUACAGGGAACAAUGGGGAAAGUUGGCAAAUAAUUUCUCUGUGCCGAGCAGGUUCUGGAGAAUAGAAGAAAGUUUAGAUGGAGAAUAGAAGAAAGUUUAGA